AAAGAAUAGUUAGAAUCAUGGCUGGAGUAACGCCUCGACGUUCCCAGCGUCUUCCACAUACGCACACUCCUAAAAUGUCUGAAAGAAAAAAGGGGUUGUUCCAAAGUAACCCAGAGCCCAUUAAGGAGUCACUGACUGAGCACAGGCGUCUUCCUGUCGUGGACAGCGAAAGCGAUAGUGAGGACUGCGAUUUGGGCAUCAUUAGCACCCUGGAUUCCAGUUCUGAUGAAAAUGACGGGCCGAAGACUCCGGAACGAAAUAUUUGGCAUGAGACCCGCAGUCAAACUAAAAAACUGCUGAAGGUGAACCAAGACUUAAAGAAUUUCAUUAAAUCCCCAUUCACACUGAAAAAGUACCAGACUAGGUAUUCUUGUGGUGACUCCAAAUGUACGGGGUCUGUAUCCACACCAGCUACUCCGCAUUUCCACAAUCAGCCUGGAACCCCUUCAUCAACACACUCCUGUGGUAGCAUAAAUACAAACUCGUCCACUUCCAGUCGAGCCCGCAAAAGCUUGGCUAACCUUAUAGCUGACACAGAAAGCUGUAGCAGUUCUCUGAAAGACCUCAACUUUGAUACAGAUUCUGGAACAGACUCUAAGGAAAACACACCAACAAAAGGUCUUCGACGCUCGAACAGGAGACAGAAAAUGACGCCUAAAAUACAAAGCUUCAAAGGUGUAUUGCUAGAACAGAAAAAGAACAUUUCUCCAAUGAAGACAGCCGUAGUUUGCCUAACUAAAAUGGACUUGAGUAGUGUCAUAUCACCAACUCAAAUGUUGAAGACACCCCGUAAUACAACUGACACUCAAUCACCUCCAAAAAUAAGUCACAAUCGUCGCUCCGUUGUCGAGAUCGACGAGAGCCCAGAAUCGUAUUGUGACAGCGAGAAAAGUCAAAAGAGAAUUAGGAAUGAUAGUGUAACGGAUGGUGGGCCGAAUUCAAAGUAUCCCAGACUAGAAAAUGCGGCGCCCAAAGCUCGUACGUCACUGUUCAAUAGUGAGAGACUCAAGGAAAUUUUAUCUGCAAAAUCGUUCUACGGUAAAAGUAACCCUGAAUUAAAUAGCAAUGUAACAACUAAGAUUUCCAGUGCUAUAGAAAUAACUAGCAUUCAUAACCGCCGACCAUUAUCACAUUUCAAUUCUCAUAAACGUAAAAGGAAGCCUGGCCAGAUAAACUCUGGUGUGAAACAUAAAAUCAGAAAGCCGAAAGUAAAUAGAGCUAAGAUUAUUAAUGGAGUUAGGCCUCUAAAUAAUUCGAUGGAUACAUCAGUAAAGAGCACUACUGCAACUAAUGAGAGUAAUAAUGAUAGUUCUGUUUUGAGUCAGAACACUUCACAGGAACUUGGCAAUGAUAAAAUGGACCCAUUCGUGAAGGAAAAGGAAACUAUUGAAGCACUCCUCAGCCAAUGGACAGAGGAAGAAAUUCCCGAUUCCGAACUCUCAUAUUCAAAGUCCAGACCAGAAAUACCAUGCUUCAACAACUCUGUUAUUGAAGAAACUAGGCAGAUCUUCCAACCAAUCACUGCAGUUCCUGUGUUGGUACCAAGUUUACCACAAGAUUCGGAUGCCGUUAUUGUUGAACUGGGGUCUAAGAACGAGAUGGUAUUACCAUUGAAUGGUAGUGGUAUACCACAAACUGUUGAUUCAUUACCGCAAACAACUGAAGCGCCGCAUGACGUGGUCAUGUCGGAGCCGGAUGGUCACAAAGCAAACCACGGUGAUUUGUCUAAGAGUGGACAGUUUUUACCUGUUGAAGGCGGAUAUAUAUUAGUGGAUGAUGGACAACAAGCUCAAGAUGAGUUACCAGAUCUGGACGAGAUAGAGCGAGAGCUGAAAAUGCUGGAUGAACAAAUAUUGAAAAUGGCUGAGUCUAACAACAUCAAUCCACAAGCGGUACUCGCAUCCACCGAGACAACAAUACCACCAGUUGCUACACCUGCAGUGUCAAUGGAAGAAGCUGCAAAAACAGACAAAACACAAAAGCUAUUCCCGAUCUUCAGCAAUCCAAACUCGGGAACAUCAAACACAAAUUCCAAAGCGUCGGAUAAAAGUAAAAAGUGUAUACUAAAAGACGGAUCUAAGCAAUACGUAAUUGACGCUGGUCAGAAGCGGUUCGGCGCUACACAGUGUACUGAAUGCGGAGUUAUAUAUCAGGUUGGCGAUCCUCAGGAUGAGCAUGAUCACUUGGUUCAUCACAACGCAACAGAUGUACUACGGUUUAAUGGGUGGAAGGAGGAGUGCGUGGUGGGCUCGUGGGAGAGUGGGCGGUGUGUUCGUGUACGUGGCGGGGGCGCGGGCUGGCGGCGUGUUAACUCGCUGCUGGAGCGGCUCGUACACCCACAGCUGGGACUGCCGCCGGCUCUACCUUCAACCACGCUGCAUGCCUACACGGCCUAUCUGUACAUAGAAAAUAAACAAAUAACGGGCUGCUUGAUAGUAGAGCCCAAAACAAAGGCGCACAAACUGAUACCCGGCGACCCGGACUGUUGUAGCGAGGAAGAAUAUACAAUCAAGAUGGGCGUAUCUCGUAUUUGGACGCACCCAUCCCGGAGACGUCGCGGCGUGGCUGCUCGUUUGCUGGACUGCGCGCGCGCAUCUCUACUACUGGGUGAUGCUGUACAGGUCCAUCAGCUCGCCUUCAGCGCGCCUACAUCAGCGGGGAAGGCUCUCGCUGCAAAGUACUGCGGGACGCCCAACUUCUACGUCUACACUGAUUAACUCGCACCAAGUAAUCUGUAAAAUUUAUGACAUUUUUAAUGAAGAUUUUAGAAUCUUUAAGAUUUUUGAAGCUACAUGUUGUAGAUUUUGUUCAAGACGUGGGUGCUUUGUCUCGUUUUUCUUUGUCAAUAAGUGGCUACUCUUGUAGCUUACAAGAUGCCAUAUAGGUUUAUCAGCUAACCUUAAACACACUAACAACAGCAGGAAGGCUCUCGUUGCAAAGUACUGCAGGACCCCCAGCUUUUACGAUUACACUAAUUAGUGGAUACCAAGUAAAAUUUAUAACAUUAUAAUGGAGAUUUUAAUUAAUGUUUUAGCUCUCAAAAGCCUACAAGUUAAAGAGUUUGUACAAGCCCUGGGUGCGUAGAGUUGUCUGCUUUAUUGUUAUUAAGUAGCUACCCUUGUAAGCUGUAUAUUCGGUGACAUGGUAACAAUGGUGAUGCGGGUAACGCAGUGCCCAAUUUGUAUGUC